UCUAUAAAUUGGUUGUGUUUAUUACAAAGAAAGCAGACAAACUGAACUCCAAAGUUCAAAAGAAGAAAUUAGGAUGAGAAUUGUAAGGAGGGAUGCGUUCAUCGGGUGAUCACGAUUUUACUUAUAACAAGUUUAUUUCUCCACUAAUCCUAUCUUGAGACAGUAGCUCUUGUGCAUGUCUCCCCAACAAACCGCAUCAAAAUUAUUUCAAAUCUUCAUUAAUCAUCAUCCACAUUUGGUUUAAUUGCACCAAACUCUCAGCAAUAAUCGUGGAAAUCAACAAGAAAAAACAAGAAUUUCAGGUGUUAUAAUGGACUCUGGAAGUGAACAUUUUAGCUUUUCGGGGCCCUCACACCUAAAUAAUAUAGAUUGGAACAAUGCACAUCAUCGGAGGUCUGUAGCAGCCUGUUUAGUUGGGGGUGUCUACGUGCUGGAAAGUGAUCGCCAGGCAAGACGUAAAGGUUCUCAAUGUCUUGCUCCUCCUUGGUGGGAGUUUUUCCACUUCAAGUUGAUUCAUCAGCUUGUUGAUGAUGAUGAUAAUUCCAUCUUCGGUGCCAUUUUUGAAUAUAAUCCUCCACCUUAUGCAUAUCAUCGUACAAUUGAUAGGAGCCCUCGCUAUGUAAUUGCCUUCCGAGGUACCUUAAUGAAACGAGACUCCGUUGCAAGAGAUCUUGACUUGGAUAUCGAUGUAAUCCGAAAUGGACUCCACCAGACUACUCGCUUUGCGAUUGCCAUAAAAGCUGUUCGAGACGUGGUUUUUGCUGUGCGUGGUUCAAAUGUCUGGUUAACUGGUCAUUCCCUAGGAGCAGCCAUGGCAAUGCUUGCUGGAAAGACUAUGGCCAAGACAGGCUAUUCCUUGGAAGCUUUCCUCUUUAACCCGCCAUUCGUAUCUCCCCCAAUUGAGAUAAUCAAAGAUAAGAAAGUGAGACAUGGACUUCGAUUUGCAGGCACUGUAAUCAAGGCUGGACUUGCUUUUGCUGCUGCUACAAAUGGUAACAAUAACAAUUCAAGGAAUGGAAAUGGAUAUGAAGAUUCAUUCGCUGCUAUAUCUGGAUGGAUCCCAUGCCUAUUUGUGAAUCAGAAAGACCCCAUAUGCGCUGAAUAUAUCGGUUAUUUCGAGCACAGGAGAAAGCUGGAAAAUAUUGGGGCCGGAGCUAUUGCGAGGUUAACAAGCCAGCACUCACUGGCAAAUCUAUUUAUGAGUGCGGUUGGAAUGAAAGGUGUCGAAACUUCGGAACCGUUGCAUCUGCUUCCUUCUGCAAAUCUGACAGUGAAUCUAAAUCCUCCACCAGAUAUCAUGCAAGCUCAUGGUCUAUACCAGUGGUGGAGGCCUGACCUGAACUUGAGGUGCAGUGUUUACAAGUACUAAUAGUACUUUGUGGUUUUCCUUGCAGUGGAUUAAGGAAACAUAGAUUGCAUUGUCUUCUUCGUGUCAUCAACUGCUUGAUGCCAGCCGAUUAUCUCAGGAAUAAUACUGUAGGCUUUACAACUCGUCUUUAAAAAAAAUGAAAAAUGAAAAUCUAUAAUAUAUAAUUUGCUACAAAUCCCAAUAAUAAUUUCCUGAGACUUGUUUGAGUUUGAGUGUGCCCGUCUUUGCCUGGUUGUAGUAAGAUUGUACUAUAUUACUGGAAAUGAAAAAGGUUUUUGUAUAUUGGACUAACUCCUGUCAUGUGUUU